AGAGUAAUAUGGCAGUGGGACAAACGGUGCUUGUGAAACAACGCGAACGAGUUCACAGUUUUGGACAUCUGCUGGUCACAGUCAUGUAGCCUAAAUGCAAGGAUGUGUCCAAAUCAGCUAUACACAUUUUUAUGCACAAUAUGAUACGGAAAUUACCAAUAUAAUGCAAUAUUAAAUAUGAUAACUCUAACCCUAAUCCUAACUGUGACACACACGUUGACAUUUUGUUUUUAUUUUAAAUGUUCUUAUUGUAAAUAAAUAAAAAUCUGUUUGUAUGAAUGUUAGUAAGAUUUUGCCCAGUAUAAACAGACUUUUUCCAGCUUUUGCAGAUUUGAAUGUGAAUCGGAGAGGAUCAUCAGCGCCCCUGUCUUGUGGGUAUAACGGUUUAAUGAAUCUUGUUCUUCCAAUGAAAGUUUGACAUGUCAUUUCCUCAUACAAAGGCUGUAAAAACUAGGAAGGGUUUAUUGUGCAAGUCAGAUUUGUCCUCAGAGAAAUCUUUAUUGAGUUUCAUGUUUUCUGUGUCUAAAUGGCACUCGAAGCUGAGCUGUCGUGUCCUGUGUGCACUGAUGUCUUCAGAGAUCCGGUGUUACUGAGCUGUGGACACAGCUUCUGCAGGCAGUGUAUUAAUGAUCACUGGACCUCCAGCAGCUCCAGAAACUGUCCCGUCUGUAGACAGGUGUCACCGCAGGAACCAGUGCACAACCUGUGCUUGAGGAACACCUGUGAGACUUACCUGAGAGAGCAAAGCACGAGGAAAGAGAGGGAUGAAGAACACGAGUGUCAGAUACACGGAGAAAGAAUCGAGCUGUUCUGUCAAACAGAUGAAGAGGCUAUAUGUGCAGCGUGUAAGAAACAUGAGCACAAAUGGCACAAAACGCAAAAGCUACAGCAGGCUGUGCGACAACGCAAGAAAAAGCUGAAAGCAGCUGUUCGUCCGGCUGAGAAGACUUUGUGGUCAUUACAGAACGGUGCAGCACAAGAUGCCAAGAUCUGUAAUUACAAUCAGGUGACAUGUUCCAUGUGUUUCAUAGAUAUUAAUAUACAUACUCGAAUAGACUUGUUCAUUCCUGUAAGAACUGCUACUACAAGUGACUUUUCCCUACUCUCCACAGACCCUGUGAUCCUGAAUCCACACACAGCUCCACCAGACAUCUCUGUGUCAGAUGACCUGACCUCUGUGACCUCAUGUUUCCGUCAGCAAGACAAGCCUUUUCCACUGCACAGCAACCGUAUGGUGUUGGGGAGCGUGGGAUACGACAGUGGCACUCAUACAUGGGAAAUGGAGGUGGGAAACAGUCGCUACUGGACACUUGGAGUAUGCGUUAGAUCAGAUGGAAAACCUAGUGUGCAACCUUUGACCCCUAAAAAUAACUGGGGUCUCAGACGAGAUGGAUACAUGUACAGUUUCCUGAGCACUCCGACAAAGUUCACGAUAAAGACAAACCCUGAAGUGGUGCAGAUGAGACUAGAGGAUGAUUAUGAUGUGAUGGGCAGGUGGCAGAGGAAGGUCAGCUUUUUUGAUGCCAGGAGUAAUUCAGAAUUUGUAAGGAUUACCGGAGUGCCUGCAGGGAAGGAACUCUUUCCGUUUGUGAUUCCAGAAGAUCAGUCCGUCCCGCUGCGUGUCGUUCCAGUCCCAGCUAAAAUCACUCUGGCAGGUGAACAGGUUGAACAGAAGAUAUCCUUCCAGGAGAGAUAUAAAGGCUUGAUUGAUAUCUGUUGUUGGUUUGUCAUAGUUGUAUUUGUGAUUCUAUCAUGGAAGACAGACAGACAUGGCAAAUGAUAGGAAAUCGUUCAGACAGCUAGGACUGAAUUCCCACAAUUGCAUCAGCAGAACCAAAGUUUAUGGGAUGUAUAAACACUGUCUACAUUAGAAGACUAUGUUGCAUUCAUUUGGUUGGCCUUGUAUUUACAGAAAUGACAUUAGGAAUUUAUCUCUUUGCCUUUUUAUCCAGCAAUAUCAGAUUCAGCCUAAUAUUCUCUAAUAACAUCUCUGAUGCCUUCAAAGCUACUCCACUCCCCCAUGCUGGACAGUCUGAUCACCUAUCCCUGUUCCUGCUCCUCAAAUACACCCCCAUCUUCAAACGUGUGAAACCCACCGUGAAGUGUGGCUGGAAGGAGCAGACUCACCACUACAGCAUGAGUUCCUGAACACAGACUGGAAUGUGUUUGCUCCUCGGCCACACUGGACUCACACACAGACAUUAAUAGUAAAACCUACACCAGUUCUGUUCUGAAUCACAACAACAGAUGUGUUGACAGAGUAAUCAUCCAUAAAAUAAUCACAACUCCAAUUAGAAACCUAGGAUGAUUAAGGAAGUCAUAAUCCUACCGAAGACACAUGACGCUGAUUUCAGAUCAGGCGACCGGAAGCCUACAGUUUAUUUGGGGACUAAACUGAAGAGGGGGAUUAAAACAGCUAAACAUUAUCUCCUAUAGUGCUGCUUUAUUGCUGAAAUGUUACAUAAUUAAAAUCACUGAAAUCGAAGAACUUUGGAACUGUUUUCAUGUUUAUUACUGUAAAGCUGCUUUUAGCAUUCUGUAGUGUAUAAAGUACUAUAGAAAAACAUAAACAUGACUCUUGAACAACA